UUGUUUUAAGUGUAUUGUACCCUCCUCAGAAAGGCAAUCACUUAAAGGCUGUUUAAAGUAUGUGUUCUUGCCGUAGUAAAUAAUAUUUAUGUUCCAUUGGUCGUGAUGGAUGUGCCAACUAAGAGAAGAAGUUUACCACCGCUAGGCCUUAACAAUGAGAAUGAUGCACCAUCUCCUGGUAGAAGACGAGUGAAAUCUAAGAAAAAACCUGAAGUAGAUGCCAGCGAUUCGCAGCAAUCUGGCAUAAACAGAAAUGCAACAACCCUAUCAGAGGAACAAGGUAACCAGAGUACAGAUGUCACUGACGGAAAGAAACGGGCACGCAAAAAGAAACGACCCACUUCUGGCUUCGACCCCGACAGCGGUGAUGGGGAGAACAUGGAGGACGAUGCUCCAAUGAACUCUUCAAAGAUUUCAAACGGAGCUGCCAGACGCAAACGAGACAGUUCAGCACGAUUACAACGUAUACAGAGGUCAGUUAGUGAUGAUGGAUUAGCCUCAACUGAUGUUCAAAAAAGCUCAGCGAAGAAAAGACGCCGUCCAAGAUCCAAGCUCAUUGAAAGUGCAGAUGAAGAAGCAAUAACGCCGCAUGGAAGGCAAGCUGGUGGACGAGUAGGAAAACCAAAACGAAAGAAAACUCCAAAGUUACCUGGCUCUGGUGAAGAUGAUUAUUUAGCUGAUGGAGAAGGCAUGUCAACAAUUGAGUUCCUAGUAUCAGCAGAGGAUAUAGUGACAGAAGAUAGGACAGCUGAUGCUAAUCAACCAAUCUCAGCAACAACUCUUCCAAGCCAGCCAAUCCCACGACUCUUUAUGGAGAGAAAGGAUGGAUUUAAAAGUGAAGAUAAAGCCAAGAUGGCAAAACGGCGACAGAAGGAGGAAAUGCCUCAACCGAUGACAAGCAAAACAACCACAGAAGUUGCUAUCGCAACUCACAAGGCCUCUCUGACAUUAUCCCUCUACUGCCAUGGGUUGUUAGCUGGCUUUGCUUUAUGGCAGUGUAUUGUUGUGUAUUCAUUAAGUCAGGAUAUAAGCACUUUACCUCUUGUGAAUGGAGACAAAAGUUUUUUGAUUCACUACAGUUCUUUGGCACAGCCGACCGUGACUAUUUACUACCUCCUGUUAGCACUGUGCACUGUGUCCGUAUUUGAUAGGUUUGACAUUGCCAGACCAGACAAAAAGCUUUUCAGAGCCCUUUUGACUUUUAAAUCGGGUGCAAUAGCUAUAUUGCUGUAUUUUUUAGCACUAGUUUUCAAUGUUGGUCUUGCUGCUGUUGAUGAUAGAAUCAGCUUAUUCACGGUAUCUGGUGAGGAAGUUGAUUUCUGUGUUGAAAGCGAGUAUGAAGACCCCCUAUGGCCUGAGGAUGACAUUGAAAAGCGAUUGAGCGCAUGGAGAAGCGUUAACCUUGUGAGGGCGCUUCUGUCAAUGUUUGGGUGGUUAUUGCUUGCAUUAGCUCCAACGACUGAUUUUACAACAGAACAUUUGUACGACUCAGAAGAACCACUGUGGGAGGAACAGCAACAGACAGAACUGCACCAAGUACAAUCAAAUGCUUAACGUUCUUUUAAACAAAUAAACUAUUUAAAGAUAGUCAUUCCAAAUGAUUUUAAGCAAUGUUUUCUAACUUUGCCAUUUGUGAUCACAAAGUUUUUUAAAUGUACUGUAUAUGUAGCUGGAAUUUUUAAUCUGUACAUUUUGUAUAUUUAAUUUUUUUGUUUUGUAUAAUUUUGAAGUUACCACCUAUUAUUUGAAUGUGUGUUUGUAUGUGUAUAUAGCACUUGGUAAAGAUACUCUUUACUUUAUUAUAACUAUUUAUGAGUAUACCAUACACAAUAAAAGAAAGAAUUCCACAGUGA